AUGGUUCAUUUGCUAAUUAUUCUCAGUGUCAUCGCGACCUCGCUGGCCUGCGCUCCGAAUUCCGGGACAGCUGGCGCUGGAGGAGGGGCAGCUGGCACUGCAGGAGCCGGUGCCGGUGGCACUGGAGGAGCCGGUGCCGGUGGCACUGGAGGAGCCGGUGCCGGUGGCACUGGAGGAGGGGCAGCUGGCACUGCAGGAACUGGUAGUGGGCGAAAACGCGAAGUCGAGCAUGCACACCGACCAGUCCACCUGACCAGGUAUACACCAUAG